AUGAGUUGUUUCUCUUGCUUCUCUUCAAAAGUUUCGGACAAGGAAGGUUCUUCCAUGCCUGCUCCUUAUAAGCAACCAAAUACACCUAAGAGAAAAAGAAAAGAAGAGGUGGCUAAUAAUACAAACGUGCCAUCAAACAAUAUUGGGGCAAAGAUUUUCUCGUUCCGUGAGUUAGCCACCGCGACAAAUAAUUUUAGACAAGAGUGCCUCAUUGGCGAAGGAGGGUUCGGUCGGGUUUACAAAGGAAAGCUUGAGACAGGACAGGUCGUGGCAGUGAAACAACUUGAUAGAAAUGGAUUACAAGGACAAAGAGAGUUCUUGGUUGAGGUUUUAAUGCUUAGUCUUCUUCAUCAUCCUAAUCUUGUGAAUCUUAUUGGUUAUUGCGCUGAUGGUGACCAAAGACUUCUUGUUUACGAGUACAUGCCUCUUGGAUCCCUUGAAGAUCAUCUCCUCGAUCUUGAGCUGGACCAAGAACCACUAGACUGGAACACUCGUAUUAAGAUUGCUUUAGGAGCUGCAAAAGGACUUGAGUAUCUCCACGACAAGGCCGAUCCUCCAGUGAUUUAUCGAGAUCUUAAAUCGUCAAAUAUAUUGCUUAACCAAGAAUACGUUGCGAGAUUAUCUGACUUCGGUUUAGCAAAGCUAGGUCCUGUCGGAGACACACUACAUGUGUCUUCCCGAGUUAUGGGAACUUACGGUUACUGUGCUCCUGAAUACCAAAGAACCGGCCACCUUACAGUUAAGUCAGAUGUCUAUAGCUUCGGAGUUGUAUUGUUGGAACUUAUAUCCGGAAGACGAGUGAUCGACCCUAUGAGACCUAGUCAUGAACAAAAUCUAGUUACUUGGGCACAACCGAUAUUUAGAGAUCCGACUAGAUUUUCACACCUAGCUGAUCCAUUGCUACGAGGCGAUUACCCGGAAAAGAGCUUGAACCAAGCUGUAGCUGUAGCCGCGAUGUGCUUGCAAGAAGAACCUACUGUUAGACCACUAAUGAGCGACGUUGUUACAGCCAUGAGCUUCCUUGGUGCACCCUCCGAUUUCUCCACUAAUGGCCCUAACCAUUUGCAACAAAGUCGAUCCAAGAAUGAUUAUCACGAUGCAAUUCAGUGGGAUUCAAGUCCCUAG